AUGUACCGAUUAGAAGCUAAUAUCCACUGUCAGAUAAACCAGAUUACUUCUAACCGUGCAAACGCAGACAAGAUCCUUGGGGUCUCGCCCAAUGCAACACAGCAACAGAUCCGCGAAGCGUACAAAAGGGCAUCUCUAAAGUCGCAUCCUGACCGUGUCCCCGUCGACUCGCCCGAGCGACCCGCUCGCACUCGGGAAUUCCAGCGCAUCAACGAUGCCUACUACACGCUCUCGGACCCAGGCCGACGGCGCGAGUAUGACAGAGCCCGUCAAGAACACUUCCGAGAUGGAGGCGACACAACCGCAGAAGAAAAAGAAGAGGACGUCCCACGACGCGGUGGCGCGGGGGGCUUUCCCUGGUCGACAUUCGGCUUUGGAGGCCCUUCGGAGCGCGACCGCCAGAACCGCGACUCGCAGCAGUUCGGGUCGGUAUUCGAAGAGAUGCUGCGGGACGAGGGCCUGGCAGCGACAAGCGAGGAGGAAGAGGCCGAUGGGCAGGACAGGAGAAGACGCACCACGCCGACGCAGCGGUUCUGGUCCAUCGUCGGGGGCAUCAGCGGCGGCGCGCUGGGGUUCAUCGUCGCCAACGUCCCCGGUGCGCUGGCCGGGGCUGUCGCAGGCAACAGGCUGGGGGCGAUUCGCGAUGCCAGGGGGAAGAGUGUCUAUGACGUGUUCCUGGAACUGCCGCAGUCGGAUAAAGCAAGGCUGCUGAGUGAGCUGGCUGCCAGGGUGUUGCAGACGACUUUGAAUCAGUGA